UAACAAGAAAAAUAAAACAAAAUCCAAUUCUUCCCAUAUUUCUCAUGCAUAUCACGCAAUUCUCUUUCCUUUCUUCCACGCCAGUCUCCCUGAUAUAUAUAAGGAAUGCUGUUUGGAGGUUAAAAAGGAAAAAUGAACAUGGCGUCACCGUCUCCCCAAAUAGACAGUCACCGAGAGCAGGCUGAAAUUUACAAUGGGGAGGCUCUUUGCAAUCAAAAGGCGCGGGAGCUGUUCGAUAAGUUUCAUCUGCCCAAAGGAUUGCUGCCUAUGAACGACCUGAAUGAGAUGGGGUUCAACUCCAUCACUGGUUUCCUCUGGUUGAGACAGCAGAAGAAAUCGGAAUUCAGAUUCAAGUCGAUCGGGAAAACUGUAGCGUAUGAAACAGAGGUGACGGCAUUUGUUGAGGAUCGUCGGAUGCGGAGGCUGACGGGUAUCAAAACUAAGGAGAUGAUGAUUUGGAUUACAAUUUCUGAUAUUUCUAUUGAUGAUAAUGACCCCACUAAGAUCACAUUUUCUAGUUCAUCGGGCCUCUCCAAAACUUUUCCGGUCGAAGCUUUUGAAGAUGAGGAGCAGAGCAAAUGAAGCUUUUACUAUUUUAUUUUUAACUUUCACUUAUCCCUUUCUCACUUAAUAUUUUUACCAAUCACUCAAUUCAAUUCAAUGAAUAUUUGUGGUUGGUUUUACUUUUUGGAAAUUUCCAAUUACUAGGUUAGUUUUCAUUUGUCCAAACAACAUUUAACCUUGGAGCUUCUCAUUAAUUAAGAUUACGUUACAAUUUACUGGCA